CGUUUGACAUUUGCGAAGCGCGGAGGCGUCAGCUGAUGACGCGGCGUGUCGCCGCGCGACAUGUGACCCGCUUUGAAGUCUCAUUCGUGCGUGCAUCAAUUACCGUGCGAGCGGCCUCGCGACUCAUUACGCCCGCAGUCGGUUCCAGAACGUCCCGCUCAUUAGCCGUGAGAUACCAGAGAGGCGCGGCAGGUUAUGUCGCCGUGUUUAUAAUCGUCGUGAUCAAAUUGAUCCGCGCUCGCUCUUUCUCUCUCUUCCUCCCUCCCUCCCUCUCUCCCCCUCGGCGGGCUUCAGGCAGGCGGGUAUACGCCUGAGCGAAAUAUGAGAAGGAUACACGUCGUGACAUCGACUGGGAUAACGGCCGAAAAAUUCGCAGCCGAGCUAUUGCGUCGCGUCCACGAGUUAAUUAAAUAACGGCCCAAGAAUACACGUGUUAUGAGUGUUGGUUUAUCCAUGUACGAUGGCUUGGAGAGCGAGAGUACUCCUGAUAAUGGCCUUGAUAGCACCGGGAGUACAGCAAAAAAACUGGCUAGGGGUAUCUCCCGUGCAACUGAAAAUGCAGCAAUUGUUUCUUAUGCUCGUUCACAAUUGGCAACCGUAGGAGCUCUUGAUACGCCAGAAUUUACAUUUUCAUUGCCAGACUUAUCUGUGUAUCCAGAUCCAUUUCGCAAGUUCUUGGAGAAAGAUCUCAUAGAGAAUGGAUGUCUAAAUUCCUUGGAAGCUGCUGGUCGUUUAAAUUGGUGGUACAAAAGUGGAAGCACCAGAAUUCUGUGGCCACUGGCAACAUCUGGAGAUGGCAAUUGUUUGCUUCAUGCUGCAUCGUUGGGAAUGUGGGGUUUUCACGAUAGAUUACUUACCUUAAGAGAAGCAUUGCAUGAUACUUUGACCAAAGGAGAAUAUAGACAUGCUUUGUUUAGGCGAUGGAAAUGGUGGCAAACGGGCGUAAAUGCAACUGCUGGAUUAUCAUAUACAGAAGCGGAAUGGUUAUCAGAGUGGCAAAGUAUAGUAGAUAUGGCUUCUCCUACCAUUAGAAAUCAGACCCCUGCCCCUGCCUCUUAUCAGAGCCUCGAAGAGAUACACGUUUUAACCUUGGCCCAUGCUUUAAGAAGGCCUAUAAUAGUUAUAGCAGAAACUAUGUUGAAGGAUGCUCAUGGAGUGGCUUUGGCACCAAUUCCAUUUGGUGGAGUGUAUUUACCUUUGGAAGUGCCACCUUCACAUUGUCAUAGAACUCCUUUACUCCUGGCAUAUCAUUCUGCUCAUUUUUCACCACUUGUGACUGUAGACGGAUGCAAUGAUUAUGGCAGUGCAUGUGGCGAAGGUGUUAGUAUACCACUAGUGGAUCCAGAUACGGGAAAAUUAUUGCCGGUCUUGUUUGCUGUAGAUCCUGGCCCUGACUGGGAUUGGGUAGAUGGUUCGCGAGAGUUGUUAGCUUGUACGCAGGAUACUAUGGAAAUCUUACUGCGACAGUAUUUAGAUUGCGAGUAUCAAAGUUUUACAUCGGAAGAUAUUGAUAGACUUUCUGAUACAGAUGGUUCUUUAUCAAAAACAGCAAAGCAACUUUUAGAAGUUGCGAAACAAUUUGGUUCCAUUGGUAAAUCUGUCAGUAAAAAAAUAUGGUCUAUGACUAAUAAGAGGCCAAAAAGCCCGCCUUCCUCGAGCGGCGGAAUUUCCACAGAAGGUUUGUUGUGUGUGAGGAUAAAGAGUAGACGUCAUCAGUUUGUGGAUCAAAUGCUUCAGAAUUACCUUCAAUGUGCCCAUGCAAGAUAUUUGCAAGAUCAUCAAGUGGACGAUACGGGUAGCGAAUUAAAUUAUGGUGCUGGAAGGUCCAAAUUUUACGCUGCCAGUGAUCGCGGUAGUCAUGCGAGCGUUAGCAAAUUAUUACCCACUAACACAAAUAAAGAUCAUACGCUUUAUCUUUCGAGAUCCACAUUUUAUAACGAUCAAACUUCGUCAAAUAAUAUGGGGCCAGAGAUUUGGAACAAUAGUGACGAUUUAAAGGGCACUGUGAAGGAGUGCCGCAGCGAACACUGCCAAUUCUUUGGAUCGCCAGAAAACGAAUACUAUUGCUCGAAGUGCUGGGCUAAUCGAAGUUAGGCAACCGUCCUUAAUCAUACAUGACAAUAAUCUCGAUUUAAUUUUGCUCGAAUUAAGUUAUUAAAUAAUUAAUAUAAUGCUAGAGAUAUAAGAUAUACAAGUUAUAAAGCUUAUAAAAAAUGUCCCACCAACCUAUCAUCAGUAACAUUACGCUGGUCGUUUUUAA